AUGAAUAAUAAUCACACGCACAAAUCCUACGGGGCCCUCCCUAUCAAAGUACCCUUUCCACCUCCAAUCGAGGAGAGCGAACUACAACCUUCUAUGAAAAAAGGGAAAUUACCGGUCCGUGCUACCAAUCAGUUCUUGUUAUAUCGCACGGCGUAUAUCAAGACAAUGCGGGAGAGCGGAUACCAGGACAUCAAUAUGCGGGUAAUAUCGAAGCUCGCUUCAGAUUCUUGGAACCUGGAACCCCCUUUCGUCCAACAGGAAUAUAAGUCGUUGGCCUUGAAAGCCAAGGGCCUUCACCAAAAGACGGUUAAGUACCUCACUUCACUCAGUUUGGAAGAUACGAAUUCACCUCGUCCACUCGCUCCAAUGCCUCCAAUGCCUCCUAUGGCAGAACAGGACUCGACAGAUCAACAAGAGAUCUUUGAAUCUCAAACGAUACAGCAGAAUGUUUAUUAUACCCCAUCACCAUUUUAUGUGAUGGUGGAUCAGGAGCAUUCCUUUUAUUAUACAAACGAAGGCUUACCGGUUUACGAAUAUUACUUUUAA